AUGGCGUCCGUUCCAUCCACCUCAUUCACCCGCACCACCACCGUCGCCUCGACGUCGAAGCGCGCGAUAUACCUCGCCACCGACGCGGUGACGCGCGCCUUGGGUGAUUCUCUCAAGAGCACGAAAGUCGGUCUCGCCCACGUCUCCGUCGCCACCGAGCGCUCGUGCGCGCUCUCGAUCAACGAAGCCGCCGAUCCAUCGGUUCGCCGCGACAUGUUAAAGGCUCUGGACGUCAUCACUGACGGCGAUGCGGACGUCGCGAGCGCUCUGGUCGGGAAGACGCUGAGCGUCCCGGUGCUCGACGGGAAGCUCGCGCUCGGGACGUGGCAAGGGGUGUACCUGUUCGAGCUCGAUGACGAAGGAGGUGAAAGGGCGAUGACGGUGACGCUAAGCGCGUACGGUGGAGAUCCGAGAGAGACGGGCAGGCGCGCGGCGCUGCGAGCGCCUGGACGCGGUUGUCACUUGGUUACCGACGCGCCGACGGUGAAGGCGGCGCCGGAUAAGGGCGUGGCGACGUAUUUUUGUCAGCACACGAGCGCAUCGCUGACGAUCAACGAAAAUUGCGAUCCGGACGUUCGAGUGGACCUGGAGGGAGCGCUGAAUAAAAUUGUGCCGGAGUCGUGGCAUCACGAAGGCUUCUUCGAACACGUCGAUGAGGGACCGGACGACAUGGCGGCGCACGUGAAGACGACGCUGAUCGGGAGCUCGAUUCGCGUGCCCGUGACGAGAGGUCGUCCGUGUAUGGGGACGUGGCAGGGUUUGUACCUGAAUGAGCACAGGAACAUUGGCGGAUUUGGGCGCGGGCACUCGAGAGACGUCGUGUGCGUCAUUGAUCCGUACGAAGCGUUGAUGCAGAAAACCAUCACCGUGAGCGCUGGUAAGCGGGGUCUCAUUGACAUCACGGAGGAUGUUGCCGCAGUGCUCGCGAAAGAGUCGAGGUGCGAUACCGGGCUCUUGCACUGCUUUUGCGAGCACACGAGCGCAUCCGUGGUUGUCGGCAGACGAGGCGUCGAGUUUGAGAAUAAGUUUGAGCGCGCGUUGAACGCGAUUGUGCCCGAGUCGUGGAACGUCGAAUUCUUUAGGCACACCUCGGAAGGCCCGGACGACAUGCCCGGUCACGUCAAGUCAACCAUCGUUGGCGCCAGCUUGACACUUCCUGUCGCGAACGGCGUCAUCGCGCUCGGCGAUGAUUGUCGACUGUACUUGUGCGAACACAGAACCGUGGGUGGAUUUAACUCCGGACUCAUCCGGCGUUUGACGGUGACGUUACAAGGCGCGAAGAUGUGA